UCUUCACCCUCUCUCUCUCUAUCUCUCUCUCUCUUACCCUAAGUUCCGUUUUAACUAAGAAAAAGAAAAAGAAAAAGAGAUGGCGAUGGAGCUGAGACGCGUUUGGCCGGCACCGACGAAGGAUCCGGUGGUGGCGGUGGAAGAGGGAGGAGUGAAAGGAAUGGUAGAGGGAAGCGCGGUGGUGGUUGUGGGUAGAAAAGGUUGUUGUAUGAGUCACGUGGCUCGGCGAUUGCUUCAAGGAUUGGGGGUGAAUCCGACGGUGUGUGAGAUCGGCGAAGGAUCACCGGAGGAGAUUGUUUUGAUGGAUGAGAUUUCAGAGAUGGACGGUGGAGAUGCUAGGAUAUUGGCUGCAACGAUGUUUCCGGUGGUGUUCAUUGGUGGGAAAUUGGUUGGGGGUUUGGAUCGGCUCAUGGCCGUUCAUAUUUCCGGUGAGCUUGUUCCCAUCUUGAAAGAAGCUGGUGCUCUUUGGCUUUAAU